CUUUCCCGAAAGAUAGGUGGUAUGAGGCUUUUACGAGCUGGAGCAAGGAAUACGGCGAUAUCGUCUAUGUAAAUCUUGCUGGAGUACACAUGGUAGUCCUCAACUCCCUCGAGGCUAUUCAGGAGAUUGUAGAUAAGCGAAUGAGCAUCCACUCUGAACGACCAUAUACAACGAUGACAAAUGAUCUAAUGGCCCAAGGAUAUACCAUGCUCCUCUCACGCACCGGACCCGACUUUACCGAGCAGCGAAAAGUGUUCCAAAAGUUCUUAGGAAAACAAGUCAUCACAGACUAUGAUGAACUUAUUCAUGGCCAUGCAAAGACGUUGAUUCGGGAUAACGAUGGAUUCGUUGGAGAUCCCUAUGAUCCACUCAUGAGAACUGUGGGCAGUAUACUGACCACAAUUGCAUAUGGAGAAAAGAUAAACAAGGAAUAUGGCGAGACACUCAUCGAAAUCAAUACCGAGACCACCAAUUUGGUUGCGUGGGUCUUCACCAAGGUCUGGAUGGUGGACGUGAUCUCUGCAUUGCGUUAUAUACCUUCCUGGAUGCCUGGAGCGACCUUUAAGCGUAUUGCAGAUAGAGGAGCAUCUCUUGCUAACAAAAUUCGGUACUGGGCCUAUGGAAUGGUCGAAGCCGCUGUGGUUGAGGGCACAGCGGACGAGUCGAUCGUCUCUAAGCAACUCAACGAAACCGGCAUCUCGAAUGCUAAUCUUCGAGAUGCCGUCGCGGUCAUGUAUGGUGCUGGAGUCGACACAACUGCUGUAGCGAUCACAAACUUCCUCUACGCAAUGGUACUUCACCCGGAAUGGCAAGAGAAGGCCCAAAAGGAGAUGGAGACAGUCCUGGGUCCCGGUCACUUGCCCACCCUGGAGGAUAUAUCUAGACUGGAGAUAUUUAACGCAGUUUGGAAAGAGUCUUUCCGUUGGAAUCCACCAGUACCAUUAGGAAUCCCGCAUGUCAGCAACAGUGAAGAUACAUGGAACGGGUAUUAUAUUCCAAACGGUACAAUUAUUCACUGCAAUAUUGGGUUCGCACGACUGAAUAUCGUGAACACUGCUAAACGAUCUUGA